AUGACUAAUAUACUCGAAAUGUCGAGCCGACAACAUUUGUAUCCGACUAUAGUCGGUAACAGUAAGUCCAAUGAGGACGUUGACUCCGAGUCGAAGACUUGUGGUAAAAUCUUGGUGGUACUCUCAUGGAUUCUGGUGAUAGUUACCAUGCCUUUUUCCCUUUUCAUAUGCUUCAAGGUGGUGCAAGAAUAUGAAAGAGCCGUAAUCUUUCGCUUAGGAAGAUUACUUUCUGGAGGAGCUAAAGGGCCCGGUAUAUUUUUCAUCCUACCGUGCAUAGAUUCAUAUGCGCGAGUCGAUCUUCGAACCCGCACUUACGAUGUUCCUCCACAAGAGGUUCUAACUAAGGAUUCAGUCACAGUAUCGGUCGAUGCCGUUGUGUACUACCGCGUCCAUAACGCAACAAUUUCAAUAGCCAACGUCGAAAACGCCCAUCACUCCACAAGACUUCUAGCUCAGACCACUCUCCGCAAUACGAUGGGGACCCGACCACUUCAUGAAAUUCUAAGUGAACGGGAGACUAUUUCAGGAAACAUGCAAAUAUCUCUCGAUGAAGCGACGGAAGCUUGGGGUAUUAAGGUGGAGCGAGUAGAAAUAAAAGACGUUCGUUUGCCUGUUCAACUCCAACGUGCGAUGGCGGCUGAAGCCGAGGCAGCGAGGGAGGCCCGGGCUAAGGUAAUCGCAGCAGAGGGUGAACAGAAAGCCUCCAGGGCACUACGCGAAGCCUCGGAAGUCAUCGGGGACAGUCCAGCUGCGUUACAACUGCGCUACCUACAGACUCUGAAUACAAUAUCUGCUGAAAAGAAUUCAACCAUCGUGUUUCCUCUACCCAUUGACCUCUUGACAUAUUUCAUAAAAGCGAAAGAGGAAUCUUAAAAAAAAAAAAACAAUGUUAACCGACAAACUGACCAUUCACAUUACUCUAUUGCAAGGCAAGGCGAAUGUAUUUAUUAUGAAGUUAUUAAUAUAUAAUGUAUGUAGGUACGUAAAAGAGCACUAACUCAAAAA